AUAAUGCGGCUGGACUCGUCGUUCGAGUCGCUGUCGGGGAUGGGCGGCGGGCGCUCGGGCAGCGUGGCCGACCUGGCGGACGAGGCGCAGGCGCAGCGGCGCGCGCACCGCCACUCGUACGCGGCGCCCUCGCACGCGCACGCGCACGCGCACGCGCACGCGCUCGCCGACGCCGACCCCUGCACGCCGCCCAAACCCUUCGGCCUCGCGUCACCGGCGAGCGGCAAGUUAGGGUUGCGUAUGACGACACUGCACGAGGAGCCCGGCCGCAGGAACGACGAUGAUUCGCAUUCGGAGCCCGAGUCCGCACCCACAGACGAACUCUCCACGCCGCGCUCACACCGCACACGAGUACGCGGUGGGCCGCGCGGCUUCCUGCCGACGUCCAAGACGCUGGAUUCAUUGCACGAGCUGGCUUGUGAACGCGCUCCCAACAAGAACUCGCCAUCUAUAUCAUCCAGUGGCUAUGGUUCCCAAGCGGUAUCAUCAACGAACCUCACAAUCGACGACACUUUGUCGAUCCGCAGCAUGUCGGUCGACGACACGCCCGACUUUGACAAGACGAUGGAGUACACGCAGUUCACGCGAACCAAAUCGUCCGUUCUCGGCCUAAGAAAUGAGAUCACCGAACUGAGGAACGAUAUCACUGAACUAAAGAACGACAUAGUCGAGUCCAAGAACGAACUGGACGACUCGUCCUUCGAUAAAGCCAAAACGCCGGUGUUGACUCCUGGUUCGAGGAAUCGUAUCAACCCUUUCCUAAGGGAUUGUGAGAACGCCGCUAGAGAACCCCAAGAUGGGCAGUUAUUGGACCCUCUAGGGGCUUUACCGGUGGAGACUCAUCCAAUUUCGAGUAGUCCGACUAGCAAGGCGGCUGAAAACGUUCAUGUCAACGGUGAUGCACAUGAUACUUCCUUCGGCGAGGCGGAGACGGAAGCGAUAGCGGAGGCGGAGGUGGGGUCCACGAGCUCCGAGCCGUCUAGCCGCGAAGGUAGUGGGGAGGCGUCUUCAGUUGGCGAUAGCGACUCGGCCGCACCAGAUGCGCCUGUUUCCAUACAUCUUCCCGCCGGCAAGGUGGUGCGUAGGAGAGUGGGCGGCAGUGCGCGCAACGCGGCGCGGGCCUCCUACCCGGCGGCGCGCCCGCGCUCCGGCGCCGAGCCGCACGCGCACGUGCACGCGCCCGCACUGCCCGACACGCCCGCCUCCUCCACGGAGCGCAUCGGUGACGAAGAUUCAUCGGAGAGCGGCAAGUCGUUCUCGGCGCCGGAAUGGCUGGCGCUGGGCGAGAGCGUGCAGCUGCGCCUGAGCUCGGGCACGGGCGUGGUGGCGUACGUGGGCCCCACGCACUUCGCGCACGGACUCUGGGUCGGCGUCGAACUCGACGCGCCCAUCGGCAAGAACGACGGGUCGGUGGGCGGCACGCGGUACUUCACGUGUCGGGCGCGGCACGGCAUCUUCGUGCGGCCCGACAAGCUCGCGCAAGACCGCCGCGGCCGCAGCGCGCGCGCCUUCCGCGACGCAGAGCUGCGCCGCGCCGCCAGCAAGGGUGAAGGUCUACAAAAUCUGCACAGAUCGAGGAGUCGCGGCGACAGCAUAAACGUCGUCGGCACUAAAACAAGGAGUAAAUAAAUCGCCACCAAUCCUCCGGUCGUAUCGUUCCCGUCAGGACACUAUCGGACCGAAUUGAAAUAAACGUCCACAUUACCAUUUAUCAGUCCGUUUCUACUUUAUUUGCACACCCCCUUACGCGUUAUGGUGCUUUUUACAUAGUUUUAUCGUUUUGUUCAUACUGUCUAGUAGGCAGAGCAAUAUAGUAUGCCUUAAUUUGUUAGUUAUUUAACUUUUGUACAUUAAACGAAUCGGUUAUGUUGGUAGAAACGGUUCCUCUCGUGUUAAUUGAUGACAUUAAUAAACAAUCGUAGAGGCACUAGUUUCCAGCGUAUCUAUCGACCACGCUAGUUAAUUAUUUAAUGUUGCAUUAGAUGUCAAUGUAAUGUUUCAUUUGUCGUAUUUUUAACAAUUGACCAUAGAGAAAUUCAACUUGUAAAUAGAAUUGACAUUAUUUUUUUCAAUCAUGUGAUUUAAUUUUUUAUUAUUUGAUUUCUAUGUAAAUAUGUGAAUUUUGUGUGUAUUAUUAUUAAUAAUAAUUUAAUAAUUUUAGAACCAAUGAAUCGUAUGUGAUCGUUGAUAAGAAUUGGUGGGUUUUUUGUAAAGUUUUUUACUGUAUAGUUUGUGGUAGAUGUUACGGUAAAUUAUUUAUCUGUUAGCUCAACGCCUAAUAUAUGUCACAUAUGAAACCAUAGUUGUUUGCAUUCCAAUGGCAAAUCAUAACCGAGGAGUUGAUCUCUGUUCGCUUGUAUGCAUAGACAAUUUUGAUGUAAUUUUCGGAAUGAAAGGUUAAUACUUUGUAUGCAAAAAGUAGUACAGCCAUGCUGCUGCAGCUGUUGUAUGACGGAAACAGGAAUGAGUUGACUUGACUGGGGACGUAUGUAACGCGGCAUUUGACAUAAUCUCCACAGCAUCCACUUAUAAUCAAGUGGACUGUAAAAAAAACCGAGUAGAAGAUAUCUUUCGGUACAAUACGUCAAGUUGAAUAAUGUGACCGACUACGAGUCGCACUUAUUUAUUUUAUCGAAAACCAGAUGUAAUAGGUAUAAUGUACACAGGCAGUUAAUCUUCAAAUGAUCGAUACAACAUUGAACAACCUUAUUUACAAUACGAAUAAGUCUAUGUAUCCAACCGAAUGAAGAGAUAAAAAAUCGAUUUUCGAACAUGUAUAUGAGUGUAAAAUAUUUUAUUUUUAUACCUUAUCGUGCUCAUUGCAUAAUACUUUUUAUUGUUAUUAUAUUAAAUUGAUAUGUUUUAUAAGUUUUAAGCGUGUUGUAUUAAAAAUAUUUUAUGGACUUAAAUACUGCUUUUGGACUUAAAUGUUGCUUUUACAUUGCAUUUAAAACAAACAUUUCAAAAUUGCUCAGCUCUUAACAUUUAAAAAAUUGCCAGUCUAAUGUGAUAGUUUCUUGCCACGGGACUAAAGACCAUAACUGAUUUAACGUAGAGUAUAUUAUUUAAUGCAACGCCCGUCCCUAGACGCUCUAUUUUGAUUUUUUUUAAUACAAUAAAAUCGUCCAGUUUCACAUCUUCGUCCUAAUAAAAGACUUUUGGUACUUAGUACACUAACAGUGGCACUUGACGGUCACGAUCGAUGCCCGAAUAACACACUGGUUGGCGCAAGUGACAAGCUUAGACGGGUUUUAAACUACAUUUUUAAAAUGGACCAUUACAAAUUGAGUCACUUCUACUACUUAUUCUUACUGACUGUUCAAUUUAUUUGUUAUUUUGUUCUGUCGUACUUAAAUUUUAUUCAUUAUACGCUUGUUACUUGCGCUCCGAAUUUAUAUCGUUUAGGUUGUGUAGAAGUUUUGAGAUGUAAAAUAAAAUAUAUAAAAAAAAAUGUUUGUAGUCGUGUUUCGGCACGGUGUAUAUUAAAUACGUCAUUAAUAAAUCAAUAUUGUCCUUAACUUAUAAUCUCCAUCCGCAUUCGAACAAUAAGUCGAUAGAGCUAUCUGUAAAUUUACUAGUGGGACAACUCCGAUCUAACGCCAUGAAAAUGUUUUUAUGGAUGUUUCGUCGUUUUGGACAAAUUAUAUCAUAUUAUUUAGCGGAGUAGUCGCGUUUAACCGGUCGUGUUAGGAUAUGUCCAGUCGGCCGCGUCGUCGCAGCGGCUAUAAUCUAUAUAGCUCAUCUAAUGUAUAUUCCAUCCUUCUAGAGUAAUAAACAUAAGUACAUUAUGAGUACAUAAACAGUUGAGAUGCCUCGUUGUUUACUAGUGUUUAUAAGGUAUUCACUUCUGCAUUAAUUGUAGCCCGCCACUUGCCUCCAUUUCCAUACACAAUGUAUAUUUACAUUUAACUUGUAAGUUAUUAUUCAUUAUAUAAAAAAUAUAAAUGUUCUCACGGCAGUAUAAUAUCAACAAGUUUAAAAGAUCGCACUACAGAAUUUAAGCUAACUCUAUACUUAAGCUUGAACGUAUAAUUUUCUAUGGACUACAUCUCGCGAACAUCGCGUGCAUGUUAGACUUGGUACUUAAACAUUCCAUUUUUAUUUCUUUUCAUGUCUCACGAAAACUGACAUUCGAUAGAAGCAAUUUUCGAUCGUAAGUUAGAUUUUUAUAGAUUUGUUUUUAAGAAAUUCAUUUUGCAUUUUACGCUUCGAAAGAUAGUGUUUCUGUAUGUAAGAAACUGGCCUCGACUGGGACAGCUCAAUGUGUAGUCGACGUCUUAACAUUGAAAUUUCAAAUAAAAGUAGGAUGUGUUUUGAAACUCUUGAUGUGCUUUUAUCCAGUAGCUAUAGUGGGACACGGGCUAAAAAUAAUUGAAGAAAGGCAAUAACAAGGUUUUGUGAAGAGGGCUGGUUCGUGGCGGAGUAUGCACUAGGGCUCCUAGGUUUAGGCUAAUAGCGACCUUGAAGCAGCCUAUCGUAGCUCCUAUUUUUUUUAGAAAUUAAGCUGAACAUGUGCUGUGCUUUUGUUUUAAACGAUAGUUUUUAGGUAAAUGAAAUUAUUUGUUUUAUAUUAUAAUUUUAUGAUCGUGUAGUUCAUAUUUAUUGCAGUCAAUUCAGUCAUAAUGAGCUUACAUGUAUGUGUUUUGUUUCACUGCAUCGUGUCAAGAAUUGUUUUUAGAUUAGAGCGGAAUUGUAAUUUUAUUUGCCAGUUUUGUAAAAUAACUUUAAAUCACAAAAUCAAAUGUAUUUUUAAUUCUUUUAUGUGAUAAGCAAACAUAGUUUAGGCAGCUACUUGGUAGCAUAGAUGGUUGGAUCUUCAUUACUGUAAACAAAAGCAUGAAUAAAGAGAUUUUAAACUUUAAUACAAAAAAUAGGUAACUUUUAGUGGAAAUAUUUUUGCCAAGUAGGAAAUUUCAGUCAACCAUCGCUGUCAUUAUCAAUAAAUGUAUUAU